GAGCCGGAAUGACGGAUGAACACCACCCUUUGGCCCUCUGCUGCACGUGACCCUCCUCCCAAUUUCAUCUUCCAAACCCCAGAAGAAGAAAAACAAUUCUCUUCUGUCGAGCCAAGGAAGCAGCACAAGAGCAAGAAGGGGAGUGGAGUGUGGAGUGGAGUCUGGAGUGGCAGCAGCAGCCGAAACAGCCACUCUCUUGUCUCUUUCUCCGCGCCUCCUUGUUAAUCUCUCCCCGUACGCUCUCUUUCGCGCAAGAAAAGCUCGGAUUCUCGGUGGUUUCCCCCCACCCCCGCCGGUUCCCCUCCUCGAUCUGAGCCGCCUUCUUUGCUUUUGUCCUCCCCCGGACGAAUGCCUGCCUCCCGCUCCCACUGAAUCAUCCUCCGCCUGCCCGGUACAACUUUCCCUCCCCACUUCUUGGCUGCGUGCUGUCGGGGCAGGGACUGUGUUGCUGCAGCCCCAAUGGGUGCCGCCAGGGCGUCGGCGCUGCUGCUGGUGGCCGCGCUCCUGCUCGGCGCCUUGGCUCCUCCCGCCUCCGCGUCGUCCUACCCCGCAAAGGUGGUGAGCGGGUUCCUCUCCAAUGCGGCGUCGGCGGUGCUCAAGCGGCUGUGGUCGCUGAAAUCGACGACCAAGACAGCGACUGGAGCGAAAUCCAUGGUGAAGUACGAGGGCGGCUACACCGUGGAGACGGUCUUCGACGGCAGCAAGCUGGGGAUCGAGCCGUACGCCGUUGAGGUCACCCAGGGCGGCGAGCUGCUCGUCAUGGACUCCAUGAACAGCAACAUCUACAGGAUUGCGCUGCCGCUGUCCCGAUAUAGUAGACCAAAGCUUGUUGCUGGUUCACCGGAAGGAUAUCCUGGUCAUGUUGAUGGGAGGCUACGAGAAGCAAAGAUGAACCAUCCAAAGGGAUUUACGGUGGACGGCAGGGGUAACAUUUACGUGGCUGAUGCUAUGAACAUGGCUGUUAGAAAGAUCAGUGAUACAGGGGUUACAACUAUUGCCGGUGGGAAAUCAAGCAGAGGAGGGCAUGUUGAUGGGCCAAGUGAUGAUGCAAAAUUUUCUACUGAUUUUGAAGUCCGUUACAUUGCCAGUAGCUGCUCCCUUUUGGUGAUUGACAGAGGAAACCAAGCAAUUCGGGAGAUUCAGCUCCACUUUGACGAUUGUGUAUACCAGUAUGAAGCUGGUUUUCCUCUAGGAGUAGCACUGCUUCUUGCUGCCGCUUUCUUUGGCUACAUGCUUGCAUUGCUUCAACGCAGGGUUUUAGGGAUGGUGUCAACAGAAGAUGAACUCCAGACUCCACCAAAAGCCAGCAUUGCAAGCAUCCCUCCGUACCAGAUCCAGAAGCCACUAAAGUCUUCCCUUCGACCCCCACUAAUCCCAAACGAGGAUGAUUCCGAGAAACAAGAAGUCGAAGAGGGGUUCUUCAGCUCAGUUGGCAAGCUAAUUGGUGGAGCAAAAUCAUCUGUGGCAGAGAUCAUUGGUGCAGCAUUUUCCAGGAAGAAGCGCUUAAACACUCAUCAUUAUCAGCAGGCCAGAGCGAAUUCUUGGCCAGUACAAGAAAGCUAUGCCAUCCCGCACGGCGAGACACCUCCACCACUGGAUACAAGGACACCAACCCCUCGGAAGAACUAUGCUUUCAUGUCAAAGGAGCCAGAGAAGAUCCACCACAUCCGGCAUGGUCGGGCUCAGUACAAUGGGUGGAAUGGAGAAUCACCUCAGCAGCAGCAGCAACAAGUACACCACCAGCAGUACCUGCAACACCACAAGCAGUACUCUGCAGGACCGCAAACUUUCUACGAGCCAAGCUGCGAGGCUGCGAACGAGAUCGUCUUUGGGGCUGUGCAGGAAGGGGACAGCGCCCGCCGCGCCGUGGAAAUCAAGUCCACGAGCUACGGCGACGCAGCAUAUGAGCAGAACGGGCUGCGGCACCGCAUCAAUUACAUGGGUUAAAAAACAGCAGCAUUGCCAGUAGAGUAUCAGCUAUUUUCUUUACCAGUUACUUGAUUAGAUUUACCGCUCAUCUCCAUAUUUUGCCUCUGCUGUACUACCUGUAAGGCUGUAACAAGGAGAGAAAGAGGGGAGAGAAAUUACCAGUCUCCAGGUUGACCUAUGGAUGGAAAAGCUGGGUUUUGCUAGUAGAAUGUCAUGAUCUUGGACUAAUAGGAAGAUAUGUAUGUACAUGAGAUGUGGUUUAAUAUGUUGGUCCUGA